AGGAACACUUCGUUAGUAGCAACACCAAGAAUCUUCAUUCAGCAUAUAGAAGAGAUAGUUGUCAUUAUUGCAUACGAUAAGGUGAAGUCGAGUAUGGGCUCUACUGCAGAUAUAACGGUGGAACUGAUGCAGCAGAUGUUGAGGGAGGUCGAGAAGGACAACACCAUCGUGGUCCUGCCCUGCCUGGAGGUGAACGAGCUGAAUGAAGACCUCCACGCAGGAAGCUGUCUCAUCAGAGUGACGGUGAAGUAUACACGACGCGGGGAUGUAUAUCAACACUCAUUGUCACUCAUUGUGAAGCUUACCCCCAAUAUCAGUGUGACAAAAGACUUAUUUAAAGACUUGGACAUUUUCAUAAGGGAGAUACAGAUGUUCGACGAGAUUCUUCCCAGGAUGUCACAUCUACUAUCUCAAGCACUACUCGAACGACAUACAGAAUUAAGUGCACGAGUGUACUACACCCGCAAGUCCCCCAACUACCUCAUAGCAAUUGAAGAUCUGGCUCCAAAGGGGUUCAAGUCACACAAUCGAAAAAAUGGUUUGGACCUGAAGCACAGUCUACUCGCUUUCAGAGCCCUCGCAAGGUUCCACGCUGCCUCUGUGAAGAUCCGGCAUGAAGACAAGAGCUUGUUCGCUGUUCUCGACAAGCACCUAUUUGCAGGGGAGAAGGUGAAAGCAAUUAUGAAGAAGAUGUUUGACAAUUUCGCAGCAAUAAUUCCUCAGGAAGUGGAGUCUUGGCCAGAGUUCGGUACCGUCUGGGCAGACAGGUUGCGGAAACGCUACCAGACGCUGUUCGAGGAUGUGAUGACUUUGUUGCAGAGGGACGACACUGCAUUCAACGUACUUAACCACGGUGACUGCGGCAUUCACAACAUUAUGUACCGCUAUUCCGAGUCCAGCGGUGAAGUGGAAGCCGUUAUGCUGGUGGACUUCCAGGGCUGUUCUUACAACUCUCCGGUGCUGGACCUACACUACUUUAUCUUCAGCAGCGUCAGUGAUGAUGUGAGAGCGAACCACAUAGACACACUCCUGAGGGAGUACCACAGCGAACUGACGGCAACCCUGGAGGCUCUUGGAACACCUCCGGAGCUGAACAUCUCUCUAACGGAUCUUCUUAAGGAAUUUGACGAGAAUAUGGCAUAUGGUUUAUAUUGCGCAACAUGUUUACUGCCGAUUCUGACAAUCGAUUUAAGCUCUAGCUCUGGCCUGACCGCUUCGAAUGUUAUUGAAGGAGUUACUGAUGACUCAAAAAAUUUAAAAUCUCUUUUACCAGAUUCAUUUAGUGCAAGUUUUAAACAAAUACUUCGGUUUUUUGAUCAGAAACAGCUACUGUAGAACCAUUACAUCGUUCAAUUCAAUUUUUAACUUAUUUUCCUUGUUUAUUUUAAACACUAAGAACACAAUCGUAAUAUUUUUGUUUUCAUUCCCAUUCAACACAUUCUGAAAGAAUUUUUGUACCUCAGAAGAACUCCUAUUAACUUUUAUUUAUUGUUUCCGUUGCUGUUUAAAUAAAAUCUAAAGUCAAUAAAUGCUUCAAUUCUCAAUGUAAAUGAAAUGGAGUUGAGUUAAUUUUUACCUGGUAUCAUCAUGCUCAUAAUCUUUCAGCACAAUUUUUCUGUUUAAAUAAAAUAUUUCUUUAUGUCAGGAUUAUUAAAUAAGCUUGUAAAAGAAAACAAUAUAUCAUCAAUAUAACCGUUGCCCAUAUUUUCUGUUGUUAAAAUUUUUCAUGCAGUUUAAUCAAUGUCAUUUUUUCCAAGAGAAGUCAAUUUGUUUAUUCAGUUUAGUAUCUUAUAUAUUUAAUAUCUCAUCCAUUGGCACAGAAAUAAAUAAUGCAAUAAUUAUAUUUUAAGUUAGUGUUUAAGCAGAUAACAUUAAUAAAACCAUAAGUUGUAGUAUUUAAUCAACUAAUGUCAGCGUCAUUUUUCUUAACACAUAAAACACCGUAAAAAGACUGAGUAUAAAAUGUUAGCUAAAUUAAUUUAAAAGGGCAAUGAAUAAAUAUUCCUGGAAAAUAUACAAAUUGUUAGAUUUUAAAUAUUUAUCAGGUAUUUAUCAAGUGUAAAACACAAAAAAAGAAAUAUUAUGUAGUAAAUGUUUUAAGCUAUGAACAUAUUUUUGUAGUUAUAGCAAUUUAGUGGGUCUACUUAACAGGAACUUAUCUUUUCCGUCCCUCGGGGGUAACCGGAAAAAUUAGACCUGUUUCACCUGCGGUCAUCUCAGGAGGCUAUAAAAAUAGACCCGUACUUAAGUUUUAUGAGACUUCCGACUUAUUCCUUUUUUCCUCGCCGUAGACUCCACAGUACCUCAGCUCGCACGCCCGUAGCUCAUACCUCUACGACCGUCUCUGGUACCGGGUGAUUGAAGUCUGUGACCGUCUCUGGUAUCGGGCGAUUGAAGUCUGCCACACGAUUGCAAUACAGAGCAAACAAUAUCCACCACUUUUGCCAGAAGACUGGUGAAAACAGAAGAAUCAUGUCGACACAGAUGUGCAUGAGCCGUAACUGUUUCUAAUAAGGUAUUUUAUUUUUUGAACUAUCACCACAAUUUUGCUUUGAUUAAUAAUAAUAUCCAUUUACAUAUUUAUAAUUUUUUAAUAUAAAAAUUAAAAUUAUUAUUUCGAUUUUCUUGCAGGACAAUAAAUAAUAUCUGUUGCCUCUUUAAGAACUGUGUCGACUUACGACAUUUGUUUUGUUGGUUUAGUGUACCCACUAAUAUCUCUCUGGUACUAACGUAAAUUUCUUGUCCUUGUUGAUACAUUUGUUUCAUGUUUCUACGAUAAAUGUAUUUUACGUAGUCAUAUUUCAUUAUAUGAUGAUGAUAAAGUGCUUCAAAUUUAUAUUUUUUGUAUAAAAGGCUAUAUCUUAUAUGAUUUUAUAUUACAUUCCUAGAUUAAUAUAUUUAGGCAUUCAACAUGUAAAAUUUAUUUUGUUCGAACAAAGUGUUAAUUUUCAUUUAAACUUGUAAAAAAAAAAUUUUUUAUUUUUGAAAGCAGCUAAACAUAUUUUAUGCAAAUUGUAAUUUGAUUUGAUUCUCACAAUUUAAACUCUUUUAAGCUGUAUGAUGUUAUAUAUUUUUAAAAAAAUUCUAGACUUUUUUUGCUGUGCAGAUCAAAGUCGUUGUUCAGAAAGUGAGAAACACUUUAGGCAGGAACACCUCUAUUAUAAGACUACUAUGAAACUUUGGUUUCGAAGUACGCUGAUAUAAUUGUAGUAUUUAGAAAACUACGUCACAGUAUAAUUAAUUUUUAAAAUUUACUAUGUAGCAAGACUGUUUUUAUAUUUUUAUUAUGUUUUAAAAUAUUUUAACUUGAUGUGAACACAAUCA